AUGGGGAAGUCGUACCCGACACCGAGCGAGGAGUACCUGAAGGCCGUUGAUAAGGCGAAGAGGAAGCUCCGUGGCCUCAUUGCCGACAAGAGUUGUGCUCCUUUGAUGCUACGUCUAGCGUAAGAAUGGCUACCUGACGAUCUCCCUCGUUACAUCGAACACCAUUUCUGUUAAAUCGAUUUUGAUCCUGAUCUAUACAUCUCGAUAUGCUUACUGCUGUUACGAUGCAAUGACCACCAGAUGGCACUCUGCGGGCACAUUCGACAUGGCGACGAAAACUGGCGGGCCGUUCGGGACCAUUAGGGACCCUGCCGAGCUCGCGCACGUAGCCAAUACUGGUCUCGACAUAGCAGUCCGUCUGCUGGCGCCGAUCAAGGAACAGUUCCCCAUCCUCUCCUACGCCGACUUUUAUCAGGUUAGAUUUUUCGUAUAGAUUUUUUUCCAACCGUUCUCUUGCUCUAGUAUUUCUAUCCCUCACAGUAGGUCAUUUUUUGUUCAUUGCUUUCAUUGGACAGUUGGCAGGGGUGGCCGCUGUCGAGGUCACCGGAGGACCUGAUGUCCCUUUCCAUCCCGGAAGGGAGGUAAGAGAUCUCUGACACCCUUAUUUUUCUGAGAACGUAUAUAGGUUUGAACCGAUGAAGUCGGAUUUUUUUUCUCUGCAAACCUGAAGAUGCGUUGAUCGUUUUUGUUUUUAUUGAUUAUUCAUCUAUUCGACAUCUAAAAAAUAAUCUCGGCAUAUCAAUGCAAACCUGAAGGCUAUGUGUUUACUGUGAUUUUUAUAACUAUAUACUCUUUUCUUAUCGCCUGUCUGCUUCUUUUCGGCAUAUAAUGAUCGGAAAAAGAAACGCCAUUACUUCCUCAAUUAAUUUGGAUGAAUUCGUAUACACAUCUGCUCAUUUUCCCGGUGUUCUUCUCAAAUUAGUGAAAUCUUACCGGAUAAUUCCAAGGCAAUACGCUUCCGAUCUAGCAUGUCGCUUUAAUUAUUUAUUUACUAGGGAAUGCAUGCCAUUUAUCUCUUCCAAAAACAGAAUAAAACACAUACACUUUUCUUCCGACAGCAAGGCAGCGUGUUACUUGUUCUUCUUAUGUGCAACCCGUGCAACGUGGGAGGCAAUUCUUCUAUGAUUCAGUUCCCCGUUUUCCUCUUUUGAUGCUCUUUUAAGGCCGGAAGAGCCGUUGUCAGUAAAUCUUGCGAAUUUUUGGGAACCCGAGUAAAUAGGAUUUGCUAAGUACUGUCAUCCUCACUCACAUGGUUUACUGAUUUGUUGAAUUUUUACAUCUGCCCUUGUUUUGUUCAAGAUUCGAUUGCCUCUUCUUCUUCCGCCUUUUUCUCUCUUUCCAUACGAACAUAGUCUUCAUGUAGUUUGGAGGUAUGGUGGGUGGGGGUCUGCGUUCUUUCUAAUGUUAAUGCCCACUGAAGUUAUUUUCUAACGUUUUCAGGACAAGCCAACACCCCCUCCGGAGGGUCGUCUGCCAGAUGCCACUCAAGGUAAAGCGCUUCAAUUCCUCCUACUGCCGAUCGUUCCACUGGGUUUUGGUAUCAGUCACGUGAUCUUCAUAUUUCCACGCAGGCUCCGACCACCUAAGACAUGUGUUUGGUGCCCAGAUGGGCCUUAGCGACCAGGACAUCGUCGCUCUCUCUGGAGGCCACACCCUGGUUCGUAUAACUGUUUUGCCCGCCAUUACAUCCUCGUCAACUUUUCCGCCGACGUAACGCGAUUCUCUAUGUAACUUCGCAGGGUAGGGCACACAAGGAACGUUCCGGCUUCGAGGGCCCUUGGACCGUAAACCCUAACAUCUUCGACAACUCCUACUUCAAGUGAGAACGAAGCUACACACACUCCUUUGUACUUCAUUCUUCAUUCUUCCUUUCCACAAUGUAAUCAGUGUUACUCUCUCUCUCUCUCUCUUAGGGAGCUCCUCACGGGGGAGAAGGAAGGCCUUCUCCAGCUGCCAUCUGACAAAGCCCUUCUCAAUGACCCCGUCUUCCGCCCCCUCGUGGAGAAAUACGCGGCUGUAAGCCCUCCCCCUCCCCCUCUACGACCGCGCUUCCGCCAUUUAUGAUUCCCACCAGCUCACUCAAUUCUCUCUCACUCCUGUGCCAUCAGGACGAGGACGCCUUCUUCGCCGACUAUGCCGAAGCCCACCUAAAGCUCUCCGAACUCGGGUAAGAAGAAACCUGAAGCACAUACAUACAUAUGCUCGCUCAGAUGACGAUUUUCUCACCCGUUGACUUAUCCUCGUGGUCGUCUCCAGUUAUGCCGACUGUUGA